AUGGCUUACUAUGUACUCGUUGCUGGCAUUGAUCCAGGUUGGCCAAAGUUCAGCCUGGAUCAAUGCCAGCACCUUGUUAACGAGGCUGCUGUCAUAGAAGGGCUUUCAAGUGAUGACGGUUGGUCCCGAGCCUUGUCAAUCUGGGAUCCCACGUUAGAAGGAUGGUGUACCCUUUCGAUUGAUGUCCUUUCCCGUUUUCCCUCCGCACCCCGUCAAAUCCUGGUCAGACGCGCCCAACUCAAGGAUGAAGACUGUCACCGUUUCUACCACUUCCUCAAAUCCACCUACGAUACGGAUACAGCGACUUCCUUUGCGACAGUGGGAACAACUGGACCACCUAUGGCUGCCGCAGGGCCCUUGGCUUUGAAGGGAACACUUGCCUCUUCUCCGAUAUCAGGAUUGGUCAAAGACGAUGAUGAAAUCAUUGUCGUCGGUGAAGUGGGACCCUCUUCAACGGCAGAGCAGCUCCCGGCCAAAACAACCCCAAACCACAUGAACGACGAAGCGGUCCAAUCUCAUCUCUUGGAAUGGCUACAGUUGUUGAAAACUGUGCCGAGGCUACGUGCGUGGGACCGGAUGUUUGCCGCCCGGUUCAAGAGAGGAGACAGGACAGUUUAUCGGCACGCCAAAUGGCUAGACGCCCUUGGGGAAGACAGGCUGCGGGAAUGGGAGCAGCUGCAGAUCAGUCAUUCCAAACCAGUCACGAUCGGAGCUCUUCGCCAAAGUUUUCAUAAGGAAUAUCUUGCAGCUUCCAAACAGCCACAGCCAGACCCAACCGUUAAAAAACGCAAAUUGGGUGAACAACGAUCUAAAUGGAUCAUCAAGUUGUCUCUCUGUAACAUCCGUCUGUGCCAUUGCGAUACAAUCAACCGGAAAUCUGGCUUAGUACAAGUCCAAUCGUCUAGCAAAAAGAUGAUUUUCACAGGGAAGUACACGCUUGAAUGCCAGCGUUUUAGAGAAGGCAAUUAUGACCACAAGUCUCUUUACCCCUGGGGACUAACUACAAGCAGAACAAAUGGUGCCAUGAAACAAGCCAGGGGCGCUACCUUGUCUAAUCUUUACCAACACCCUUUCUUUACCUCCCACUCUCACGCCCUCAAAUAUCAAUCAACUUCACUCUGUCAACUACGAUUCAGUCCCCACCAUCCAUCUUCGUAUUUCUCAUUCAUCCACGUAGUCGAGCGCAAUCACUUCUUCCAGUUAUUAUGGAUCCAGCUGAAGAAAUCACCGCCCCACCAACGUCCUCAUUCACCCUUGCCACACCGGCCUCGCCUGACCCAUCUGAGCAAGACCCAGACGAACAAAGCACCCCCGUUGCCGAACAGAUUGGUCAACCCCCAACCAUCACCUUGCACUAUGUUUGCGGAUUUGACCCCUCAGGCCUUUCUGCGGUUAGCAGUUCCUACGAUACGCACGAGUUUGGUCAACGGGGUCUUCCCAUCCUGGUACCAUCCAACGUUGCCUUAG